UAAGACGACCGGAAGUGUAUGAUAAAGGCGGAAGUUGAAAGUGUCGACAUCAUUCUCGUGUGUUUUCUGGUGCCUCCACAUUUUGAACAAGUUGAACAUUUGGUUAUCAAGUCAAAUACCCAGUCUGAGUAAAUAAUGUCUGACAACGAAGACAACUUCGAUGACGGAGAUUUCGACGAUGGGGAAGAAGAUGAAGGGUUAGAUGACUUGGAGAACGCGGAGGAUGAAGACCAGGAGAAUGUACAGAUUCUACCAGCUGGGGAAGGACAACAAGCUAAUCAGAAAAGAAUUACCACACCUUACAUGACCAAGUAUGAGCGAGCACGAGUCUUAGGAACUCGAGCCCUGCAGAUUGCUAUGUGUGCCCCAGUUAUGGUGGAGCUGGAAGGGGAAACAGACCCACUUCAGAUUGCCAUGAAGGAGCUGAAGAGCAGAAAAAUCCCAAUUAUUAUCAGGAGGUACCUGCCUGAUGGAAGUUAUGAGGACUGGGGCUGUGAUGAACUUAUCAUAACAGACUAAGCUGACCUGACCUAAGCAGGACCAAGCACACCUGCACCCUAAAGAAUCAGACCAAUCCUCCAAGACCCAAACUGCAGCUGUUGUGAAAAAAGCAAGUUUGGAAAAAAGACAUUGAUUCACACGUCAACCAUAAACAGAGGUCCCAGGUAUCACUCAAAAUGAACACAAAAUGGUAUUGUUUUGAUUGGCUGCUCAAUCAAUCAGUGGUCCAACCCCCAGCUCUCCAUCUGGAACUUUCUGCUGCAUGCCCACCUCUCCUCCACUAGGUGGACUUCUGAAUCAGGAGAAAAGCAUGGGUAUGAACACAGCAGUGUGGAAUAGUUUUGAGUUUCUCUUUAUUUUAAGUAGUUAUUAAAAAUGUUUUGUAAGAAAUU